UAAAUGUCACAUGAAAAAAUAAUAAUAAUUAAUUAAAAAAAUAAUUCUCUCUCUUGCUUUGUUCAACAUCGAACGCCAUACAAGGGAGAGAAGAAGAAGAAGAAGAAGAAGAAGAAGAGGAAAAGAAGAGAAAAGGUAGGAAGAAGCAUCGCGCGACAUCUAAUUGACCAGAUUCUUGCAGUUUUAGGUUUUCUGACUACCUUGGGAGAAAGAGUACUUGCUGCAUUGCCACUGUAAUUGUUGUUUAAUUGAGAUAAACAUGGCUGAGCGGCAACCACUUGAUCAACAACAUCCACUUGAUCUACCGCUUCAAUCUUCCAUUCUACCAAGAGAGGACAUGAUUGGCUGUGUGAUGGCACUGGAGGCUGCUUUGCUUCCAUGCUUGCCCGCAAGAGAGCUCCAAGCAAUAGAUCGAUCUCCUCACCCUUCUCAUCAGAUUGAUGUUGAGAGGCAUGCUAGAGAUUUCAUGGAAGCUGCUAAAAAACUUCAACUCUAUUUUAUCGGUCUUCAACGUGAGGAUCAGCCAACCAAGGCAGGAACCCUUCAAAAGGAGAUUGCCGCGAUGGAAGACGAGUUGAAGAUUAAGACUGAGCUUAUCAAGAAUCGAGAAAGACUGAUUCAAGGGUGGAGGAAGGAGUUGAAAGACCAAUUGGACAAACACAACACCGAAUUAGAGAGAGUGUAGUCAGUCCCCAAUGUAUUGGUGGACCACUGGCUAAUGCCUUAGGAUUAAUGAUUUUAUGUACUUGCCAAUGUGAAAUCAUCACUCUAGCUUUUAGAUUUGAUUAUGACUAAACUAUUCUUGAAUCUGGACCAAUUGUGCAAGGGA